UUCUUCCUUCCUUCCUUCCAGUUACAUCUUUCUUCUUCUUCUUCAUCUUCAAUUCAAUCGGAUCCAAACAAAAUUCGAAAAAAUCUCUGAUUGAUCCCAAUGGCAACUUCUAUGCUCUUAUGAUUCGUCUAUGCUCGCUCACCCCAGCUUACUUCUAGAUCCCUUUGCAUCCCCUCUGUUCGAGUCAACUGAGCUUCUCCUAAGCUUUUCUCGAGGUUUUUUCGGAAAAAUAAAAUAAAAAAUGGUGUUGCCGUUGAUGAAACUGGGCACACUCUUGGUUAAAACCGUAAGUAAACCCUUGGCUAGUCAGCUCAAGCAUCAAGCUAAGGUUCAUCCCAAGUUUCGUCAAUCUAUCAUCAACUUCGCCCAGAGGAAUCAUAGAAUCACGACGCAAAUGCAAAGAAGGAUAUAUGGUCAUGCCACUGAUGUAGAGAUUCGUCCCUUGGAUGAGGAAAAGGCUGUUCAAGCUGCUGUUGACCUCAUUGGAGAGCUCUUCCUCUUUGGGGUAGGUGGAGCCGUCGUUGUUUUUGAGGUGCAGAGAGGUUCUCGGUCAGAAGCAAGAAAAGAGGAAGCACGUAAGCAAGAACUAGAGGAGUUAAGAUUGAAAGAUGAAGCACUGGAAAAGCAAGUCGCAGAUCUCAAGAUCAAGCUAGAGGAGCUUGAACAACUUGCUAAAGCACGCGGACUGAGCGGUACUAUCCAGUUAAAACCACAGCCCAGUACUACAAGUAGCGGGGCGGCAGCAAAAUCCAGUUGAUAUCAUCAUCGUAUUGAUUGAUCUCCGAGACUGAAACCAAAGCAACAAUACGGCAAUGAUUCUUUUCACAAGAGAUGGGGGAGUUUAUGAUUCUCUUUUCUCCACAUUCUUAUAGAUCGACCAUUAUAGAUACAUAUACAUGUAUCGUCAUCAUCAUCAAGAACAAUCUGCUUUCUCUAACAAUCAAAUUAGGGUGACAAAUAAAAAAAAGUUUUGAUGUUGAGGGUUUGGUGCACGUUUUUGUCUUCUAAGACCAAUUGCUACAUUUUAGGCAAUGUUGGAUAAUGACGAAUUCAUAAUGAAAGCGACCUUGAGUCCUUGACAGA